UUUAAUAAACAUGUAAAAACGGUGGUAUGAGCCUUUAAAACAGCCCUAAUCCUCAUAUAACCCACAUCAGUCCAGUCUGUGAGAGUGGUCUCUUCACACUCCACUACAUCUGUGAGCCUAUUCAUUUUUCAUGCAGCAUGUUUUAUUAGUUUUGGAUGGUGCAGUUGUUUCCAGUGGAUGGCAGCAGCGAGGAGGGCUGCUGGUUGUUGUUGAUGCUGAGGAAGCUUCUCCUCCACUUCUGCAUCUGAGAGGAGGAGAGACAGGCACCGACUUCCUGUGAGAUCUGUGUUCAGCUGCCUAGCUGCCUCUCCGGGAGGCUUGUGGCUGUGCAGACCGGGGAGGAGGGAGGCUUCUGUGGGUGGUGUAUGGCUGGGAAAGGCGCAGGGGACCUCCGUGCAACAGAACCGGCGGCAGCAGCAGCGGCAGUAGCGGCCAUAAAUGUGGAUUGUUUACACCGGUGGGUCAAGCUCCCGUUCCUGCUUCCCCGCCUCCCCGCGACUCCGAGCGGCCGCCUCGGCUCGGCAGCGUCGCCGCACAUAGCGUCAGUGGAGCGGGGCUGAUGGCCCUGGUGCUCGGCCGGGCCUUCAUCAUCAUCAUCACCACCACCACCAUCAUCACCCGCCUGUGUGUGUGCUAAAGUGAGCUACGAGAGGCCGGAUACAUUAGUGAAGCGAAGAAGCGGAGAGCGGGGAGCAGCAGAGGAGGAGCCCGGGUCUGGGCGCAGCAUCGCGCCGUGCAUGGUGCUGCGGUGUCGGGGGGGGAGUGGAUGAGCAGCCGGAGCUGACCCAGAGAUGGCUGUCCUCAAACUGGCCGACCAGCCUCCUCUCAUCCAGGCGAUCUUCAGUGGAGACCCUGAGGAGAUCCGCAUGCUCAUAUACAAGUCUGAAGACAUCAAUGCUCUGGAUACAGAGAAGCGCACUCCGCUGCACGCAGCGGCCUUCCUGGGUGAUGCCGAGAUCACCGAGCUCCUCAUCCUCUCCGGGGCACGGGUCAACGCCAAAGAUAAUAUGUGGCUCACCCCUCUCCAUCGCGCCGUGGCAUCUCGCAGCGAAGAGGCGGUGCGAGUUCUGAUCCGCCACUCGGCUGACGUGAACGCCCGAGACAAGAACUGGCAGACGCCGCUGCACGUCGCUGCGGCCAAUAACGCGCUGCGAUGCGCCGAGGUCAUCAUCCCGCUGCUGAGUAGUGUCAACGUGUCGGACCGCGGCGGACGCACCGCCCUGCACCACGCUGCCCUCAACGGCCACACCGAGAUGGUAAACCUCCUCCUCACUAAAGGAGCCAACAUCAACGCCUUUGAUAAGAAGGACGGCCGGGCGCUGCACUGGGCAGCUUUCAUGGGUCAUCUGGAUGUGGUUUGUCUGCUGGUGAGUCAGGGGGCGGAGAUCAGCUGUAAAGACAAACGGGGAUACACUCCCCUCCACACGGCGGCCUCCAGCGGACAGAUUGCUGUGGUCAAACACCUGCUCAACCUGGCUGUGGAGAUAGACGAGUCCAAUGCGUUCGGGAACACGGCGCUCCACGUGGCCUGUUUUAACGGUCAGGACGCCGUCGUCAGCGAGCUGAUCGAUUACGGCGCCAACGUCAGCCAGCCCAACAACAAGGGCUUCACCCCGCUGCACUUUGCUGCUGCCUCCACACACGGAGCGCUCUGCCUGGAGUUCCUGGUCAACAACGGGGCUGACGUCAACGUACAGAGUCGGGACGGGAAGAGUCCUCUUCACAUGACGGCAGUUCACGGACGCUUCACUCGCUCCCAGACCCUCAUCCAGAACGGUGGGGAGAUCGACAGUGUGGACAAGGACGGUAACACCCCUCUUCACAUUGCUGCCCGCUAUGGUCAUGAACUCCUCAUCAACACGCUCAUCACCAGUGGGGCAGACUGCACAAGGCGAGGAGUCCAUGGCAUGUUCCCUCUCCACCUGGCUGCUUUGAACGCUCACUCCGACUGCUGCCGGAAGCUGCUGUCCUCAGGUCGGAGGUUUAGCAUAAUGUGUAACGACUCGGUCCUGUCUGCAGGCUUCCAGAUAGACACCCCUGACACUCUGGGGAGGACCUGCCUGCACGCUGCUGCCGCCGGAGGUAAUGUGGAGUGUGUCAAGUUGCUCCUGAGCAGUGGAGGAGACCACAACAGGAGAGACAACUGCGGCAGGACUCCCCUCCACUACGCGGCGGCCAGCCGUCACUAUCAGUGUCUGGAGACUCUGGUGGCUUGUGGCACCGCCAUCAACGCCACCGACCAGUGGGGGCGCUCUCCCCUGCACUACGCUGCUGCCUCGGACCUGGACAGGAGGCGUCGUGUUGCUCUGGAGCCGGAGAGUGAAGGAGUUCAGGCGGAGAGAGAGAAAGAGGCAGCGCUAUGUUUGGAGUUUCUGCUUCAGAGCGGAGCGACGGCGUCGCUGAAGGACAAACAGGGCUACAGUCCCGUCCACUACGCCGCCGCCUACGGACACAGGCACUGUCUGGAGCUGCUGCUGCACAGAGACGACUGUCACCAUGACGACCCUGAAUCUCCGAACGCCAGGAGCCCGCUGCAUCUCGCUGCGUACCACGGCCACGCUCAGGCCCUGGAGGUGCUGCUGCAGGGGGAGAGGGAGGUGGACCAGGGGGACGAGGUGGGGAGGACCCCCCUGGCUCUGGCUGCUCUUCGGGGCCACGCUGACUGUGUUCACACCCUCCUCAGCCAGGGGGCGUCGUCGCGCUCCACCGACACGCAGCACGGACGCACCCCCGUGCACCUGGCAGUGAUGAACGGUCAUACGACGUGUGUGCGCCUCCUGCUGGAUGAAUCAGAGGCUGCAGAUCUCGUGGACGCUGCUGACUCUCAGGGACAGACUCCUCUGAUGCUGGCGGUGGCUGGAGGUCACGUCGACGCCGUGUCGCUGCUGCUGGAGAGGGAAGCCAACGUCAACAUGGCCGAUAACCACGGCCUCACUGCGCUGCACCUCGGGCUGCUGUGUGGUCAGGAGGAGUGUAUUCAGUGUCUGUUGGAGCAGGAAGCCUCGGUUUUGCUCGGCGACUCUCGGGGUCGUACGGCCAUCCACCUGGCUGCUGCCCGAGGCCACGCCUCCUGGCUGAGCGAGCUGCUGAGCAUCGCCUGCUCUGAGCCGCCAUCCCUGCCGCCGUUGAGGGACCAAAGCGGAUACACACCGCUGCACUGGGCCUGUUACUAUGGUCAGGAGGGGUGUGUCGAGGUCCUGCUGGAGCAGAAAGGUUGUCGCUGUAUUGACGGGAACCCCUUCACCCCUCUGCACUGUGCUGUGGUGAAUGAUCAUGAGUCCUGUGCGUCUCUGCUGCUGGAGGCGAUGGGAUCAGACAUCGCUGGCUGCAAGGACGCAAAGGGCAGGACUCCUCUUCAUGGUGCGGCGUUCGCGGGCCACGUCGACUGUGUCCAGCUGCUCCUUUCACACGAUGCACCUGUUGAUGCUGUGGACCAAUCAGGUCACACUCCACUGAUGAUGGCUGCUGAGAAGGGCAGAGUCGGGGCUCUCGAGCUGCUGUUGACCAGCGCCAACGCCAACCUCAGUUUGACAGACAAAGAUGGCAACACCGCCCUGCAUCUAUCCUGCAGUAAUGGAAAAGAAGACUGUGUGUUGUUGAUCCUGGAGAAACUGUCUGACACUGCGCUCAUAAACGCCACAAAUGCAGCGCUGCAGACUCCUCUCCACCUGGCGGCUCGCAGCGGUCUGAAGCAGGCGGUCCAGGAGCUGCUGUCCCGAGGAGCCAACGUUCAGACGGUGGAUGAGAACGGUCUGACCCCUGCUCUGGCUUGUGCUCCUAGCAGAGAGGUGGCUGACUGUCUGGCUCUCAUUCUGGCUACCAUGAUGCCUUUCUGCUCCCCUUGCAGCUCCGGGGCUCCCUCCCCAGGCUCCCUGCUGAGGCAGCUGCCCCACCAGGGGGGUAAAGGCCCGGGCACCGGCCCUCGGGGGCCACGCAGCCCCAGGAACCCCUCCGGACCCUCCAGCGAGGGAACCACCGAGAACGACUCGGAGGACUCGGAAACCUUCUGACCGACUCUCUACCCUCCCACCUCCGACUGUGCGCCUGAACUUUUAACUUCCCCUCCUCCCCCCGGAGCGACGCAGGGUUCCUGCUCUGUGAGGUGCACUCUUCAGGUGGAGGUGUAGAGACUUGGUCGUGACGCAGCGUGGAUGUUUGCAGUGAUGGAGCCAAGCGUUCAAUAUCAAAUAAAUAAAUCAAUCAUCACAUCAAUAAACUACAGAAAAUAUAGAAACAAAACAAUAAUUAGUAAAAAUAACUUCAUGUCAGAGUUUCUGUAAUUACUGCUCGUCAAUGUUCACGUCAACAUCAAAGUCGUAAUUACAACUCAGGAAAUUCAAAUCUUUCUGAAAGCUCCGGUUUAUCUGACUUAAAAUAGUGCGGAAGUCUGUUGAAGGAAAUUAAAUUGUACUUAACAGUAUUAUAUCAUAGAUACAGUGCUGCAGUGAAUAAGUAGGAUAUGUUAACACUCACGUCUAAAUCUGCAGUAAAAUUAACUUAAGAUUAUUACUUUGUUCAAAUGACACUCCUGCAGUGUGAAACAUUUAGAAUGUAAUGUUGAGUUUUUAUAAUUUCUUGUUCUAUAUAUUUUCAGUGGUGGUGAAAAUAUUCAGAUCCUUUAAAGUACUAAUAUCACAAAGUCAAAAUCCUACAUUGAAUAUGUUACUUUAAUAAGUAUAUAAGUAUAAUAAGAAAUAUGUUCUUAAAGAAUUAUAAGUAUAAGUAUUCAAUGCAGAAAAAUGGCCCAUAAUCAUAAUUAUGGAUUAUUAUUACCACUAACGCAUCAAUGUAAAAGUGUUUUACUGUUGUAGUUGGUUCAAACUCAUUUUUUCCCCUUUUAUAGAUUAAACUUCUGAUUAUUUUCUCAAUUAAUUGUUUGAUUGAUUGUUUGGUUUGUGAAAAUUUUGAAAACACUGAUAAUCACAAGCCAUAGAACCCAAUGCUUGUUUUAAAAAAUAAAAUAAAAUAAAGAAAAUAACUUGCAGGAAAUCUUCACAUUUGAGAAACUUGAACCAUGAAGAUAGUUGUUGGUAGUUUAUAACAAAACGUCAUAUUUUAUAAGAUCUAAAUGAACUAAAGCUGCCAAAUAAAUUUACAAUAUUUCCCUUUGUUGUACACGAAUAAAUAUUCUUAGUUACAUUCCACCACUUUUAAUUUAUUUAUGUGAUUAUUUCUUUUUUAGUUAUUUAAUAUUGAACAUCUGCGGCUCCGCACCGUCUUCAUGUGGGAACAUGUACAGAAUCUCCCUCCUCUGACUCCAGGCUGGAGGCUCCGAGCUCUUUCCAAAAAACAAAAAAAAACAAAAACAAAACAGAAAAAACAAACAAAAAAACCAGAGACUGAUGGGAGCAGCUGCACUGCCCCGGACUGACUCCUGCAGCCGAACAAGUUGCUCCCUGGAACUGUGGCUGAAGAAGGAUUCGAUCCGGACCAGUUCUGGUUCUGGGUCUGCAUGCUUGUGUUAACUCACACCACGGUUCGUUCUUUCUACUCACGGGUGCUUAAAUCCAAACCGACCUCGGUACUUAGUCUCUGCAUGGCAUAGCAACGCGCCUCUGAGACUCGUUUUGUCUUAAAAAAAUAAUAAUAAUAAUUAAAAAAAAGCCAUUUUUAACUGUUUGUACAAAAUGAAGUAGACCGUUAAGAAAGCUACGUGUAAUUUUAACCUUUUUAUGAUUUUGGCUUGUUGUUGUACCAAAUAUUUGACUUCCACCACGCGUAGAUGACUACACAUGACAAGGUACACGCAGUAGAGCUUGAUUUUAACAACCGAAGCACAAACUAGGAUUUUGCUGUUUGAUUUUGAAGAACUGUGGCUGGAAUGUGAAGUUUACAGCCUCCAGAGGACGUUUCGUCGUUUCAAUAACCGCCAGGAAAGAGGAAAUCACACUGGGUACAUCUCAACUCCGUUCACUACGUUUCCCCUCAUUGGCGUCUGUCGGCUGGUUCAUCAUGUGGAUUGUCAUGAAAUUUUAUCCAGACAUUCGCGGCCCCCAGAAGGUGACUCCCGCUGACUGUGAGCCACCGACAGGUCGACGUGUUUGACUUGUUCUGAAAUAUCUCAACAACUGCUGGAUGUUUUUUUUUUCCAUGAAACUCGAGACAGACGUCGUUUCUCCCCUCGGGAUUUAUUAUAAUAACUUUCCAUGAAGCGCCGUCAUCAGGUCAAACUUUUAAUUUGUUUUGUGACCAAAUACCUGCAAAACUAACGACAUCCCCCAUCGACAGAAAAUUACUUGGCUGAUUAAUCGCUUCAGUUAUUUUUCAAACAACACUGCCAAACAUACGUCGCUUCCAGCUCCUGAAAGAUUUCAAGUGUUUUCUUUGUCAAAACAUCCACGAUUGUUGUUCAGAAGUUUUCAUAUAAUGUUUUCUGAUUGAGAAUCAGAUUGAAGUGAAGGCGGAGGCGAACGUUUCUCAUCCUGUUUUACAUAGAAAUGAAUGGCGAGGAGAUUUUGGUCCUACUAGGCCUUUAAUCAAAUCCUGGUCUCGUGGAUCCUUCUUCCUUAAAGCAAAAACAAAAGUUAAAUGAUGUCGAACCGGAUCAGUUUCUGGGUCAGGAUCAGGUGAGGGAACUGGGAUGUGCCCACUGAGGAACACAGGGUUUGUGCAGACUUGAUUGAAAGAGGAGAUUUAUGCAUUUUUCUUUUUUUUUUUCCUGUGGCCCUUGAACGGCCUCCUGCACUGUUUCGACUCCCAUGUUUUUAUCCCGACCUGAAGUGCAACACCUCGUAGACCAGGGUAGCCGGCGGGGACCAAACUCACACCUAUUUCCCACCUGGGCAGCUCUAAAUGUCGAAUCAUGCAAGCCCAGAUUCUCCACAAAGACCAAAUUCCUGCGGCGAUGAAAAGCUCUUUUGAGGUCUCCUCAGUUCGUCGUGGUAUUUAUUAUUAUCUAAUACAUGAUGGUACAAAUACUGCCAGCACUUAAAUGUAAAAUAACACAGGGCCUUGACCACUUUCCUCCCCUCUGUUUGUCUACCUACCAGCUAUGUGCCAUUGUCCUCAAACGUGUCCAGUGCCUUGAUGUCGAUUUAAUUUUUCAUUUGGUUUCCUUUACCACAUAUCCUGUGUUAGUAGAUCCUGAUAUUCUUAUGAUUUUAAAGCAACAGUUCACCAGAAUUACAAAAUAAAUUGUUUUUAAAUGAACCCUAGUGGUGCCGAGUCACACGGGUUCGUCCAGGUUGGGAGAUAUUGGAUUUUUGUUUUUUUUUGGUGCAUUUUUAUAGUCAAGUCGAGGCAGGAAGCAGAAACAAUGUGCCAAAUAUCAGUGAUCAAAAGCUCCAGAAGAGCUACUAAAUGGACCCGAGGGUGACAGUGUUUUAUCAGAUAUUGUUUUCAAGAUCGAGAAUGAACUUCUACGUCAACGUGGAUCAGAAAAAAAAAAGAAAGAAUAAAGUAAAUUUAAAUAUUUUCAAGUUCAUAAUAACUGGGCAAACUCUCUGUGCUAAAGAAGAUCAUGUGAAGUGAUUGAAAGCUCCAGAACAGCUACUAAAUGGACCUUGAAGUGAGAUUGUUUUGUCAGAGUUGCAGUUAUUCUGUAAUUAUCUGGGUUUUUAUGGUUCAUUUAUUUUGUAUCGUUUUAUUAGAAUUGAAAUUAGUUGAUUGACAUAAAAUUGAUCAACUAUUUUUAUAAUCAAUUAAUCAUUAAAUCAUGUUUUUUUUUUUUUAAUUUAAAAUUCACUGGUUUCAGCUUCUCGAAUAUGAAUAUUUGCUGGUUUUAUGUUUCUGUUGGUCUGAACACACAGGAAGUCUGAAGAAGUUAAUUUGGGCUUUUAGCUAUUUUCAAUUAAUUGAUUAAUGGAGAAAAUAAAGUCUAUAAUUGCUGUGACUGUCGUUAAUGAUUUUCGGUAUCUCAGAACCUGGACGAAUCAAACCACAACUAUCUGCACGUCUCGUUACCACUAGAAACCAAAUUUAUUUUUGUGAUUGUGGUGAACUGAUUAUUUAAUGUCGAGCAUAAUGUGAGCGGUUUAGUUUUCGAGGAGUUUUCUCUGCAUGACGGAUCAUUAUGCAGAUGUUUUUAUUUUGGUGACAUGGUGUCUCACUCUUUUCUCUCCUUUUGAUGCUGAUGAUUUCCUGUAUUUGUCUUACUGUCAACAAAUCCCACGAAGAGACAAAGACAAUGAUGUUUUGUCUCUUAAUACGACUUCCUGUUUCCUAAUGAAGAUAUAAAUCUUUAAAAACCUCACAAAUAUUUACGUUUAUUUAAAAAAAAAAAAAAAACAGCUGGGCGCUUGCUGGGGACUAUUUUGCGCUGCGGAUUAAUACACAUUUGCUGCUCUAGUGUGGCACAUUAAUGUGUUUUUAAUACUUUUUGGACAACAACAGAGCACUUUUAAUACUUUUACUAGGAUAAAAAUCAAUGUUUUUAGUCUUUUCAUGUGAUUUGUUGACAAUGAGAAGAAUGUCAGCCUUAUCCUUUACGUUGGUGUGUGUGUGAGAGUGUGUUAGCUUAGGUACUGAUAUGAAAUUGAACUGCUUUUGUAUAUAAUGUUGACAAAAAGCUUCGUAUGAAAAAAAAAAAAAAUCUCCAUCAAAGAGUGACGUCUCCAUCCUGAACGGUUGAACACGAACAGUGUUUGUUUUUCUCUUUCUUUUUGUUUUGGAUGAUGUUUUCAGGACGGACUUACAGAUGUGUAUAUUAAUGGAUUUGAAGUUUAAAUUGAAACCCCCCUGUUAGCUGCAGUUAGAUUGAAACAAAGAUGCCUGAGAAGCACAUGUUGUUAACAAGCACAGUCUUUUUCUGCCUCUACUGUCCCUGCUGAGAGACUGAAUCUGUCUGCCAGUAUUAUAAUUAUAAUUAUUAUUGUUGUUAUUCUACCAGAAGAUGAGCUUCACCAGUCCUGACAAUCGUUAUCGUCAUGUGUCUGAUGAUUUUCAUACCAGUUCCUGAUGCAGUACGACAUGCUGAGGGCUGUUUGUCAGCUACCCUUUGUUUUAUAGAAAUUGUACAAUUAUAAAAAACCUGUUUGAAGUUA